UGCGCAUGCGCAUUACGAGCUCGAACUGUGGUUCGCCUUUCCGUUUCUGGUGAGAGACGAAAGAGACGAAAGAGAAAGAGCCGGAAGCUCUCCAUUUGUGCGAGUGGCGGCCCAUCCUCUAGCACCGUUUCACUCGACUGCGCUCCCUUCUGUGAUCGAGUGUCGUUGCCGAGUCGCUAGGUGAGAGAGACAGAAAGGCGGGGGUCAGGUUGAGUAGCCGAAGAGGUUUUUUUUUGUGCGUGUCUGGAGAGAAGCAAGCAGGGGCCGCUCGUGUGUGGAGAGACACUGAGAGAGAAAAUGGGCAAGACGAACAGCAAACUGAGACCGGAGGUCAUCCAAGAUUUAGUCCAGUCCACGGAAUUCACUGAACACGAGCUCCAGGAGUGGUACAAGGGGUUCCUCAAGGAUUGCCCCAACGGCCAUCUCACCGUGGACGAAUUCAAAAACAUCUAUUCAAGCUUUUUCCCGCACGGUGACGCUUCGAAGUUUGCCGAGCACGUGUUUCGUACCUUUGACGCUAACCACGAUGGGACGAUCGACUUUAGAGAGUUCAUCUGCGCGCUCUCCGUGACCUCUCGCGGGAAACUCGAAGACAAGCUGCGCUGGGCGUUCAACAUGUACGAUCUGGAUGGAAACGGAUUCAUCACGAAGCAAGAGAUGUUGGAAAUCGUCCGGGCGAUCUACAGGAUGGUCGGCACGGUGAUGAAGAUGCCAGAGGACGAAUCAACGCCCGAGAAAAGAACGGAGAAGAUUUUCCGACAGAUGGACGCCAACAAGGACGGGAGGCUCUCGCUGCAGGAGUUCAUCGACGGAGCCAAAACUGACCCGUCCAUCGUUCGGUUGCUGCAGUGCGACCCGAGCAUAGGUGGUGGAGGAAUGGGUGCCGAACCCAAUUAGUGCACACCACUCUUCCCUAUACCGGUACCAUCCACCCUGCCCUCGUAACUUUAACCCUUUUCUCACACCCCAUUUGAUGAUAUACAUGUAGCAUCGUCGUCGUCGUCGUCUUCGUCAUUUGCGUGCCGCCGCGCAUCGCUAUGGCGGCACAAUUUAGCCGAUAAUGAUAUUCUGUAUGUGUUUGUGUAUGUGUCUAUAAGAGACUGCACAGUUAUAUAUAUACUCUACAAUGCACACACAUGCAAGCACUCUAAUGAAUUUAGAUGAUAUUUCUAUUGAUUAUUCAUUGUUAAGAAAAAUUAAAGAGACGGAAAUAAAAUUUUACAGCCAUGACU